AUGGCGGACAACAGUAAGAAAAUCGAAGGCSAAGAAAAACAAGUGAUUAUUUCGGAAGUUCAACCAGAAACUUCUCCCAUUAGUCUCACAACUGCUGCUUUAUUUCUUACUGGAGUGACUUUUGCUUCUAUGAUGGGAGGAUUUGGACUUWCGCUUGGAAUAGCGCGGAAAAAGAGCCCCGAUGCGUUUGUGAGCAGACACAACGAAGGAGCCAAACUUGCGUUGCGUGCAUUAGGUUAUGGGAGUCUGUUAGCAAUGGGUGGUGUUGGUGUGAUAGUCUUUAGCGUGAAGACUGCGUUAGGAGUCAMUAMUGCAAAGGAAUUUGGUUCAAAAAUGCAGGAUCUUCUACCRUCAAAAGAUGGAAARUUUGUUGCUCAUUUUGAAUCCUGGAAACUUCCACRGAAGAAAGGACUUAAUGAUAAGGAGGUUGAGUCAUGGUUUGAGGAGAAGCCAAAAUGAUCCUUAAAACAGGAUGUUUCAAAGGAUACCAAGUGAAGUUGUGGAGUUUCAAGGAGGUUUAAAGUGCAUCUUAUAAAGUAUAAUGUAAUCCCACUUAUUGAAAACAAUAUGGAUGGAUUUGAUGAAGAUAUGCCCAGACCAAAAUGGUACUGGAUGAAGUGUUGGUAGUCUUAAAUGUUUUUGGAGAGAAUUUUGGAGCAGAACCAAAAAGAAAAGGCCCUGAACAAGACCAAUUCAAUCAUGAGUGCAAAUAAAAGCGACAAGACAAAAACAUCUGGAGGAAAACAAGGAAAUCAGAGGAGAGAAAAAGUGUCAAGGAGAGAAAUAAUAAUGAGUAGUGAAAAAGAUUUGAAAGAGUAACAAAUGGAGGAAAUGAGAAAUCCAAGCGAUGAAAAGCAAAAAAAAAGGGAAAACAGUCAAAUUUAACAAUAAAAAAUAUAUUAAUAAACAGCUGACAAUAUGAAACACACAGUAAAACUUUAUUCAUACUUUACUUACACACGCCAAAUAAAAUAAAUAUAUUUUUGUGUUUUAAAA